UAGCGGCAGAGGGUACAGCGAAGUUAGCCGACUGUUAGCUAAAGAAAGCGGUGAUAACACACGAACAUACGUUGAAAUGUUUCGGAGGAAACUGACAGCCCUAGAUUAUCACAACCCCAAUGGCUUUGACUGCACAGAUGAGACACAGUUCAGAAACUGCAUCGUGUGGCUGGAGGACCAGAAGAUUCGACAUUAUAAGAUCGAGGACCGAGGAAACCUGAGGAACAUCCCGAGCUCAGACUGGCCCCAAGCCUACCAGAAGUACCUGCAGGACGUGAACUGUCCAUUUGGAGUUCAGGAGAGGCAGGAGGCUGUGGACUGGUUGCUGGGCCUGGCUGUGCGAUAUGAAUAUGGAGACAACGUGGAGAAGUACAGGAACUGUGAGCCGCUGGCAGCCUCCAGCAACAGCAACAAAGCAGCAGACCCCCUCGUCAACCUUGACACGAAUUCUCCAGAUUUCAAAGCGGGAGUGCUUGCUCUGUCCAACAUCCUCAAGAUACAACGGCACGAUGACUACCUGGUUAUGCUGAAGGCCAUUCGUAUUCUGAUCCAGGAGAGACUUUCUCCAGAAGCUAUCACUAAAGCCAACCAGAACAGAGAGGGUGUCCCAGUAGCUUUAGACAAGCACAUCUUGGGCUUCGACACUGGAGAUGCGACUCUGAACGAAGCGGCCCAGAUCCUGCGCCUGCUGCACAUCGAGGAGCUGAGGGAGCUCCAGACCAAGAUCAACGAGGCCAUCGUAGCCGUUCAGGCCAUCAUAGCCGACCCCAAGACGGACCACAGGCUGGGCAAAGUUGGCAGAUGAGAGUGAGGAUGAAGAGGGACGCUGGAGGAAGGAACUGGACUACGGGGGUUUCAGUUUGAUUUUGAGAGAAGAAGCCUGUCAUAUGAAUUGGACAUAAAUGAGUUUGUAUUUUUUCUGUUGUUGCAUGAGAUCAGACUGUUCGAAUCGGGUAUUUGGAGCAAAGUUGAGUUUUUUUUUUCAGAUGCUACCUUUCAUUUUUGUACCGCAGCAUGGGAAAGUCCACAGCAGAACACACGGUAGAAUAGCUGCUGAGUAGUUAGCAUUGGAAAAACUCAUUUCCACCAAUGUGGAUGUGAGUUUCUUCAGAGUUUUGUUGAACUUUCUGAUCAUCUCCUGGCUCCACCAUCUCUCCCUCCAACUGAGUUAUAUUUCUAUCUUUUGUCUGACAGAGAAAAUGUUUUUUGCAGGUGGAAAGCUUGUUUUGAAGUUAUUUCCAUUGACUGUGUGGGAAAAUAUAUAAAUACGGCUGAACAGA